AUGGACUUUCAGUCUGUCUGUCACAAAAGUUUAACAGCAACUGAUAAAACAUGUAACACCUCCUGCAACAAUUUUUAUUCAUGUUCUGAUGAAUGCAAUGGUAUCACGUGUUCGUGUGACGUCAAUUGGGAAGGAACUGCUUGCGAUAAAAAAUGUAGGACCUCGCUAGUUGCUUACUCCGAUGUCGCAGACUCAUCUUUACGUGAAGGCAUUCCAGUAAACAUCAGCUGCUCGUCUGCCAACCAAACUGGAAACUUCUACUGGUCUAGGGACCACCACUGUUUCAACAGUUCUUGCAACAUAUCUGCAAACGGAACCCUCUACUUUGAGAAGUUGAACAAGUCGGACGCUGGUGUGUACUACUGCUUCAAUAACAACAACUACUGCACGAGCAGACUAAACUACACGCUGGCUCUUUCCAAGAUUGUUGUGUGUUGUAACAGAUGCUGGUACAUUGGAACCUACAAAUGCGUGGAAAGCAUGGACUGUUUGUUUGUUUGUUGGCAGGCUGAGAAUUUGCACUUCAUGUUUAAUGACAUGAAGGACUGCAGAUGCAAUUUGCCCAAUCAUGUUAUUGAGCAUGCCGUGUUGAACGCUAGCCACUGUUAUCAGAUCAUUCAGUUACUUAUAUAA